AUGUUUUUCAAAUUAAUCCAGCUCAUUUUUGUGACAGUUGCAGUAGCAGCCACUAUUGAAUCUUCCAUCAUCAAUCGUCUCCUCGAGCUCGACCUUGGUCUCAAGGGAGCAUACGUCCUUUUAGACAGAAUCGACGAGGAAUCCGCGAAUAUCACCGCCUCUGAUGUCAGCGUCGCCUACAACGCCAUCAUAGCACCUGGCACAAAUUCGAUCCAGCAGCCAUUUUCCAGUCCCUGUGAUGAGGCUAUUCAAUUCACCAUAUGCGAGGCAUACCACAUGUUUGCUAUAACUAGCAUCGAGUUAUACAGUGACCUCACCGACGACGCUUCGAAAUUCAACAAUGACCUACGGAAAGGCAUGCAGGAAGGUUUCGACCGUAUCCACAAAGAGAACGCAUUCUUCGUGGAACAUGUUGCUCCCAGCGAGGUUCCCCUUUGUCUCGAGAGCAUCCAGUGGGAUUGUUUUGCUAUGAACAAGGCCUACUGGAUGGCGUGCAAGGCGCUCACACCCAAUGCUGCAUAG